AUUACAAAUUGAUAAUUCUUAUUAACUUAAUAUUAUAUUUUGUUGCUUUUGUAGAUAUUAUUGGACACAUUUUUGAAUAUAGGCGUAUGGAUACCUCGGAACAAGAUAAAUCAAAACACAAGAUGCUCUUGCAUCUUCAAGAUAUAGAGGAUAUUAAGCUUAAGGUAACUUUGUGGGGUCAUAAUGCAUACUACAUGCAAGAUUUUCUUGCUAACAAUAACAGCCUUGCUCCAGUAGUUGUUAUUGUUCAGUUUACCAGAGUGAAUUUUAUUAAUGGUUGUCCUUUUUCAUCCACCUACUUUAAUGUUAGUAGGUUGUUCAUAAACAAUGAUAUGGAUGAAAUUACAAGCUACAAGAACAAAUUGGUUUCUGAAAAUGGACAACUUUCAUCAAGUGGAAUCAAAAUGAUGGCAUCAAAACAAGUCACGAAAAAACGGUCGUUAUUGUUGAUAUUGUUAAGGGAAUACGUCAAAACAUACGUUGGUAUUACCUUGCUUGUAGCAACUGCAAAAAGUCAGCAAAACAAAAAGAGUCUUCUACUUCUACUGAUAAGGUUGAUGGUUCUUAUGAAGUGGCCGAAUUCGUUACUUAUGAAUGUGCUAAUCCUAAAUGCAAAACCAUCAAAAUUUCGGUUAUUCCAAGACAACACAAGGACCUUGACUUUAACCUUAUUUGAUCAAGAAGCAAAGAAGUUGUUUAAUUAUACUGCUAAAGAGUUGUAUGAUAAAAACAACAAGCUUGGCAUCAAUUUGGAUUUGUAUCCAAUGGAGUUGAAAGUUGUGGUGGAGAAAAAGUUGGCAAUUAAGAUUGAUAUCUCAAGCUACAAUGUGACUUAUAAAAGUAAUAUUUAUGGGAUAUCAAGAUUAACCAAUAAUACAGACAUAAUUGAUGAACUGGAAAAAAAAAAGAAUAUUGUUCCUCGGCCUACUAAUUCGGAUUCAUUCAUGAUUGGUUCUUCAGAUAUUGGUUCCCAAGAGACCAAAGUUGUCAAGACAGGUGACAAUUUAACACCUUGUGCUAGGGACAACUCAACUGCAACAAAUCAUACAAAGUUGAUUUUUACACCAACUGAGUUGAAAAGAAACCUUGCUACAUGCAUAGAUAUUGAUGAAAUGGAGAAUUUGUCAACAUCUAAGUCUGCUCGAUUGUCACCACCGGAUGAACAACCAAUGCCUCUAUUGGCAAAGCCGAGGUAUCAACUAUGGACUAUAAGUAGUGAGCAACCAAAAAACAUACCUAUUGUAGAGUAUGGCAAAGGAAACGCCAAGAGAUUCACCAUUAGAGUUGUCCAUGGCGGAUUUUUUACUGAUUAUCCAGGUAUAGCUUAUGAAAAAACAAAAGUUCACUUUAUUACUUUUGUCAACAUCGAUUUGCUUGACAUGGAUUUGCUUGGUAGUUUUUCUAAAAGUUUGGGUUAUACAACUAUGGGAUACUGGUAUCAUAUGCCAACCGAACAACAUUUUGGUUUGUCAAUGACUCCAAUUUUGGAUGAUGAUACUUUGGGAAAUUUCAAAGCAAUGGUUAGGGCACAUCAAUUCCGUGAGAUUGAACAUCUGUAUGUGGAACACAAGCCAAUAUAUGUGCCAACCAAUUUCCCCCACUUCAUGAUGAACUCACCAGCCAAAAGAGUUAAGAAGCUUAUUCAUCUAUUUGUUAUAGAACACCCAAUGGAAACAGUUGAUGAUGGAAUAGCAUACAUCAAGCAUAUGCUAAACAUGACCAUUCUCAGAGGAAAGAUGGAAGAUGCAAUGGACAUGGCUAAAGAGAAUGUCAUUUCAUCGAAAGACUUAGUGUAA